AUUUGCCUGUCUGGAUCUUGAUGUGUUCACCCUGUGACGUUUGUCAAGGACCCGCGCAACACGUCGCGAGUCACGCCCACGGGAAAAAGACAACGUGAAAUUAUUUCACUGGCUUGCCAAGAACGGCGAAGAGACUUGUAAGCUGAUGUCUGAUCUAAGCACCAAGUCAGAAAAGGAGAUCAGUGAUCUCCUGGACGAACAUGGUAUCAAGCAUGGGCCUAUAGUUGGCACCACCAGGGCUCUCUAUGAGAAGAAGCUGAAAGCGGCCAUGGCCGAAGGUACCCCAAAACAAUCUCCUGACAAGACUUACUACAGAGAAGAGGAGGAAGAAGUCGAAUACAUUCAUUACCACCCACCGGUGAGAGAUGAAGGCUUUGGUGAUGUCGUCCGAAGACCAAGAAAUUUUGAAAACACCCAUGAAGUUGAUCAUCACUUUGAAGAGCCCGUCAUUAGCAGGACGCAGGCCUCCUACCAGAAUGUGUCUUACUCCAAGCUUCCGCCCCCGAAAACCAGCUACCAGAAGCCCGUCACAGAAGCCCCAAAGUCCGGGGGAGUCCCGGGGUGGCUACGCCUGCUUGUUUUUGUCGUCAUAGCAGUAUUUCUCUAUUACGUGUACUCAACCAUGGAGGCUGAGGAGGAGAACCCAUUUAACAGAAUUGAAGCAUAGUUAGUCAUUCUUCCAAUUUAAAAAAAACAAUAAUGAAUUUUUUUUUCUAUUACGCCGAGUGGGCCCUGUUUAUGGGACCUAAGAAACAUGUAAAUGGCUUUUUAAGAAAAUGUUUAUGGUUCUGUGCUGACACAUUUUUAGUCAACUGCAGUACCAUAAACAGUAAAUAUUUUAAAAUGUUUUUACCCCAUUAAACUUCAGAAUGUACAGACAUUACAAUUAUUUUGUGCCUAGUGCUUGCUUGCGCCCUGUACUGUCCUGUUUUCACAUUGAAUUGUUUGACUUACAUUGGAGUUGAAAAAGCUUUUCUUUUUGGGUCAAGUCUAGUUGUCAAUUACAUUUUAGGCACAAUAAUUGAUUUGAAUCAAGGAAUCUCAGUACUCAGUAUUUUUUUUAUGUAUAUCAGAAGUAGCUUGAUUGUCACUACACACUACAAUGUUUUAUUGACCUUAGGAAGGACUACAGUGUUAUCAAAUAUUUUGCCAAAGAAAAUGCAGAAGAUGCAUUUUUUUCAGUCAUUUCCACAUUUUUAUGGACCACUUUUUAACUUUUACAAUAUUUUUUUCCAGUUUGUUUGGCAGUUUGAUUGUUCCUGUCUUCUAUGCAUUUGUUCAACAAUAAAUUACAUUUUAAGCAUUCAAA